AUGGCCGGUCAAGAUUAUCUUGACGAUCUACCCGAGGUCGUCCUGGACUCGAGGCUUGAGGCUAUUUUCGGACUGGACGGACAGCGCGCCUAUACUGUACACCCAGAAUAUACUGACCUCCGAGCACCAAGUAAUCACGAGAGAUGGUUCCUCAAGAGGAGACUUGGCUCGGGUGGCGGUGGCAGGGUCGAUCUCGAGAUCAAAGAGUCCGAAUCUCCAAAUGGACCUCCCCAGCUGAGAGCAGUGAAAAAAGUCGAAAUAUCUCCCAAUGAGCGGGUUUAUAAACUUCAUCAGCGGGAGUUGGUCGCUAUUUUCAAGUUUUCUCAACCAAAAUAUGCAAAUCUCUUUGUCAAGUCUUAUGGAUGGUUUACUAGCGAAAGAUAUAUCCACAUUUCCAUGGAGUACCUUGAACUGGGUGAUUUACAGCAUUACUUGUCUGACGGGGGGAAGUGCCCGAAACACCGAUUGCCAGAACCUGAAGUGCACGACAUCUCUGUACAGGUUCUUUCUGCCCUCAAUGCUAUGCAUAGCGUGGGUUUUUCCCACAGAGAUCUCAAACCUGCCAAUAUUCUCAUCAAAAGCCAACCCCCACAGGAGUGGAGGGUCAAGCUGGCUGAUUUUGGAAUAAGCAAGAGAGGUGGUGAAGUCACUGAGAGCACCGACAUACGAGGAACCAAGAACUUUAUGGCCCCUGAGUUGCUUGUCGAGGGUAGCGACAAGCCCGAGGUUCUUUACUCUUUCGCCAUAGAUAUGUGGUGUUUCGGUCAAACGAUACAUAGGGCGAUGACCGGCCACAAUCCUUUUGACUCGGUUUUGGCUAUAGCUAAGUACUGGGAAGGAAAUGCAGAGUUUCCGACAACUGCACUGCAGAGCGUCAGUGCGAGCGAGCCGAUGAUUAAUUUCCUGCGGUCUCUCAUGAUGGCAGAUCCUACGAAGAGAUUCACUGCCAAAAGCGGAUUAAGCGACACUUGGGUUUUGAUGGAUUUUUCACAGUCAAAUUUAGUGGGAGAUUCGAAUCCAUCAUCUAAGGAAUCCAUGCCACAAGCAACACCAGCAGUGGGCACAGGUCUAGAUCAAGACACAGCGAACGAGGCAACGGCUUCCUGGACAGAUGUUCUCCCGGCUAGGACCUCAACUUCCGAAACAGAAACAAGCACACAAUCACACGUGACUGAUGGCGAGAAUUCAGCCUCAUGGACUGAGGCUCUGGGUUACUCUGCCUCAAGCUAUUCAGGAAUUACAGCCCAAACAAAGAAGCCUAUCACAAAAGAUAAGGUUUCUGAUGAAACACCGUAUGGCAUAUCAUAUCAGGCUCUGGGGCAAGAAAUUUGGGGAAAUUCUAUCAAAUAUCCUGCUUCAGAACGUGUCGCUUGUAGACAACAAUAUAGGGAUGUCAACGCAAAACUGGAGAGUUUAGGGGCAGAACACCCUGCCACCAUUUCUAGUUUGCAUGCACUAAGGCUUCUUCUAUCUAACAUGGGAUUAAAUAAGCCCGCAUCCUCAGUCCUACGCGAGACAUUGAAAUUGGAGAAGAAGGUGCUGGGUGGGGAGGCAGCUCAAACGUUGCAGACCAAGCGGACUUUGGCCACCACGCUCGAGAUACUCGAAGAAUAUGACGAAUGCGAAGAUUUAUAUCGCGAACUUGUUGCCAUCGACAAGCAAAACGGCCGGAUAAAUGAGCCCGCCGCGAUUCAGACCUUGCAGUCCUUGGGCCUUUUGCUGUAUGAGCGAAGCAAAUUUGAGGAAUCAUCCACCGUGUAUGAACAAUGUGCUGUCAUUCUCAGAGAGAAGAAUGGCCAAGAGGAUAAACUUCUUGAAACACUUGAAAAUCUAAUCCGCUCAUUUAACAUGGCUGGAGUGCUUACAAAAGCGAACACUAUUAGCAGAGAAUACAUAUCUCGGCACAAAAAUCAUGUUAAAAGGGCCGAUGAGAAGAUCCUUGCCAUAACUUACCUUCUUGCAUCUAAUCUCGAAAAGUUGGACAGAUAUUAUGAGGCGGAGAUUGCUUUUGGAGACGCUAGAACGAUACUUAGGAUGCUUCCUAACGGUAGAAAUCAUAGUCUCUCACCACCUAUUCUGUGGAGUUUAGGAAAGGUUUUAUACUCACAAAAGAAAUAUCUAGCAUCAGAAUUGGCAAUGAAGGAGGCUAUCCAGCUCUUGCCGAAACCAACAGGGCCAGACAGCCUUCAGUCACUCCAGGCCAGGUCAUUUCUUGCCCUGGUUCUUCACAAUCAGGCCAAGGAUGAUGAGGCAGUACUCAUCAAAGAGGAGGUAGUUUGGGAGACGGCGCGUAUCUUUGGUUCUAGUGCUCGGCAGACAUGA